AUAAAAAUUCAGUCUUGAAAAAAGAGAAAAAAAAGAACAAAAAUGUUGCAUUUGUGUGAAAAACCCCAUUUCGGAUGCAGUUGCUUGAUGUUCUUAGUUUGGGGUUUUCAGCUUCUGGGUUUAAAUCAUGGGUUUGGGGUAAAUUCAGGGUUUCAUCUGAAUCGGUCAUUGACAUACAUAUGGCCAUUGCCGUAUGAGCUUACCUCAGGCAAUGAAACUUUGACUGUGAACCCAGCUCUGUCUUUGUCUAUCAUUGGACGUGGAGGGAACUUCAAGAUUUUGAGGGAAGGGUUUAGGAGAUACAAGAAGAUUAUAUUUAGUUUUACUUAUGGGGUUCCGGUUUCGAAGAAUUCGAGACGGAUAAGAUCGAUAUUCGAUAUUAGUGAAUUGAGGAUCAUUGUGAAUUCAGAUAGUGAUGAGCUCAAGUUGGGUGUGGAUGAGAGUUAUACUUUGUUCAUCCAAAAGGGUGAAGGGAAGUCUAUUGCUUGGGAGACUACAAUUGAGGCAAGUACCAUUUACGGUGCGUUAAGAGCGUUGGAGACAUUCAGCCAAUUGUGUGCUUUUGAUUAUACAUCUAAAUCAGUGCAAAUAUUCAGAGCCCCGUGGUACAUCAAAGAUAAACCGAGGUUUGCAUAUCGUGGGCUUUUGCUCGACACAUCAAGGCACCAUUUUCCGGUUGAUGUCAUUAAGUCGAUAAUGGAAUCCAUGUCUUAUGCUAAACUCAAUGUUCUUCAUUGGCACAUCAUAGAUGGCCAGGCGUUUCCUCUCGAGGUACCUUCUUAUCCAAAACUGUGGAAUGGUGCUUACUCAAAAUGGGAGCGAUAUACUGUUGAGGAUGUGCGUCAAAUUGUUAGAUUUGCCAAAACGAGAGGCAUCCAUGUAAUGGCAGAAGUGGAUGUCCCUGGUCACGCAGAGUCAUGGGGAGCUGGCUAUCCUGAUCUAUGGCCCCAUACUUCCUGCAGAGAACCACUCGAUGUUACGAAAAAUUUUACUUUUGAAUUGAUUUCUGGGAUUCUGUCAGAGAUCCGAAAUAUUUUCCCGUUCGAGCUCUUCCACCUGGGUGGCGAUGAGGUUAAUACAGAUUGCUGGAACAAAACACCCCAUGUAAAGCAGUGGCUCGACGAUAAGAAGAUGGAGCCUAAGGAUGCGUAUAAAUAUUUCGUACUCAAGGCUCAAGAAAUUGCAAUCUCGAAAAGCUGGACCCCUGUCAACUGGGAAGAGACCUUCAACGCUUUUGCGAAGAGUCUUAAUCCUCGAACGGUGGUGCAUAACUGGUUGGGCCCCGGGGUUUGUCCGAAGGCUGUGGCGAAAGGAUUCAAAUGCAUUUUCAGCAACCAACGUGUUUGGUAUCUCGACCAUCUCGACGUCAGUUGGGAGGAAGUGUACCAUGCCGAGCCACUGGAAGGAAUAAGUAACGAGUCCAAGAAAGAACUCGUUAUCGGAGGAGAAGUUUGUAUGUGGGGCGAGACAGUUGAUACAUCGAAUGUUCAGCAAACGAUAUGGCCUCGAGCUGCAGCAGCAGCAGAACGCUUGUGGAGCACGGAAAAGGCAUUAUCUGCAGGAAAUGAUACCAUACUGCAUCGGUUACAUUACUUCCGAUGCCUAUUGAACAGGCGCGGGGUUCAAGCGUCUCCGGUCGAGAAUUAUUAUGCUCGACAAGAUCCAGGUGGUCCGGGAUCAUGCUAUUGGCAAUAACUUCUAUUUGCUUACUUGUGAGGUUGUUAUAGUUUAUCCAAAGCUGCUAGUAUCUGUUCACCUAGAGCAUUUUCGAAUAAUCCACAGCCGUCCACUUCGUAUUACGCAAUCUCGGUUCGAUGUUGCGAUCAUCAGCUUAUACCUGCGGCUGCAAGAACAUUCCCGGUAUGCCGAACCGGUUAUCAUCUCCAGUAUGCAAGCUCCGACAUGUCUGCAACUUCUCCAUAUCAGUCUUC